AUGAAAGCCAAAAACAUCAACAAAAUAUUGAGACUUGGAAAAUGUGUGGUUAUUUCUAUGGUUUUUCAUUCUUUGCACCUGAAUCUUUUUAUGGGUGAGUCAAAACAGAGAACCUUUUUGCCUCCUAGUUUUAGAAUUUAUGUUUAUAAUGGUACGGGAUACAUGAAACCUUUUGAACAACAGAUUCAGAAUUUUUGCUACUUCCAAGGGCAUAUUGAAGGAUAUUCAAAUUCUAUGGUGAUCCUUAGCACAUGUACUGGACUCAGGGGCUUGCUACAGUUUGAAAAUGUAAGUUACGCAAUUGAGCCCUUGGAACCUUCAAUUGGUUUUGAACAUGUGGUUUAUCAAGUAAGUCCUAAGAAAACAGGUGCCUCUUUAUAUGCUGAGGAGGAUACUGAGACAAGAGAAAUAUCUUAUAAAAUAUACAGUAUGCAGCCAGCUGCAGAUUUCCUUAAGUAUAUAGAAACACAUAUUGUAGUUGAAAAAAAUUUGUAUAAUCAUAUGGGUUCUGAUACAGCUGUUGUCACUCAGAAAAUUUUCCAGUUAAUUGCAUUGACUAAUGCUAUUUUUACGCCAUUUAGUAUUACGAUAAUUCUAUCUUCAUUGGAGCUUUGGAUAGAUGAAAAUAAAAUUUCAGUAAUUGGAGAUGUUGAUGAAUUAUUACACAGAUUUUUAAAAUGGAAAAGAUCUUAUCUCGUUUUGCGUCCACAUGAUAUGGCAUUUUUACUUGUUUACAGAGAAAUCUCAGAUUACGUUGGUGCAUCCUUUCAAGGAAAGAUGUGCGAUAGACAAUAUGGAGGAAGUAUUGUUCUGCACCCCAAAGCCAUAAGUCUGGAAUCACUUUCAGUUGUUGUAUCUCAAUUACUGAGCCUUAAUAUGGGAAUAGCUUAUGAUGACAUUGACAAAUGCCAGUGCUCAGGAGCUGUCUGUAUAAUGAACCCAGAAGCAAUUCAUUCCAGUGGUGUGAAGUUCUUUAGUAACUGCAGCAUGGAAGAUUUUGCACGUUUUAUUUCAAAGCCAAAAUCCCAUUGUCUUCAAAAUCAUCCACCUUUAGAUCCAUCAUACAAAGCUGCAGUUUGUGGUAAUAAAAUAGUGGAAGAAGGAGAAGCAUGUGACUGUGGGACUCCAGAGGAGUGUGCUGAAAUGCCAAGUUCAUGCUGUGACGCUGCCUCAUGUACAAUAAAACCUGGUAACAAUUGUGACACGGGACUAUGCUGUGAGAAUUGUAAGUUUGUAUCAAAAGGAGAGGAAUGCAGGGCUGCCUAUGAUGAAUGUGACCUAGCUGAAUAUUGCAAUGGAUCAUCUGACUCAUGUCCAGAGGACCUGUAUGUUCACAAUGGUAUGCCAUGUGACCAAAAUCAAUUUCUCUGCUUUAAUGGACAUUGUAUAAGUGAGAGAAAACAAUGUAUGGAUACAUUUGGUCAAGGUACACUGCCGGGUACUACAGAGUGUUAUCAAUACCUUAAUUCUAUGACUGAUGAAUCGGGCAACUGUGGUUCAAAUGCUUCAGGAUACAAAAAGUGUGAACCCAAAGAUGUGCGGUGUGGAAAAUUAGUAUGCAAAUAUGAAGGUGAAAAUAUACUUCAAAUUCAAGAUGCCACUGUUAUUUAUAGUAAACUAUCGAAGGAUCUCUGUGUCUCAUUGGAAUAUAAAUGGGAUCAUCCAGAAAGCUCAAAGAUGUGGGUAAAAGAUGGAACUAGUUGUGGUGAGCAACUGAUAUGCAGAGAUAAGCAGUGUAUAAUAAGUGACUUGGUUUAUGACUGUCCAGAAAAAUGCAACAAUCAUGGUAAAUGCAAUAAUAAAAAGAACUGUCACUGUGAUGCCCCCUUUUUACCUCCAACUUGUAGAAAUACACAAGAUUUAUGGCCUGGUGGGAGUAUUAACAGCGGCAAUUUUCCACCUGUUAUAAUAGGCCGUAGUUCUGAUAGAUGGUAUAACGAGGAUAUUUACCCUUCCAAAGCUAUAAGAUGGCCACUUUUCCUACUCAUCCCUUUCUGCAUUAUUCUCUGUGUAAUGAUAGCAACUCUGGUAAAAGUUUAUCUGCAAAGAAAAAAAUGGAAAACUGAGGAGUAUAUAAGCGAUGAGGAACUUGAAAGUGAGAGUGAACCCAAGAGUGGCCUAGAAAACAAAGAAUCCAUAAUAUCAUAG